AUGGGUCAGAAUAAUUAAAUUAUAAUAUAUUUUAAAUAAAAUCUUUUAAAUAAAUAAGCGAAUAAAAACCUACAUAAAGCUUAAAUUAAAUUAUGUCAUUAAGCACACUAAUAAAUUUAAAUAGAAAAAUAAAAAUAAAUAAAAAAAUAACAAUAGAUUUAUCAAGUUUAUUUAAUAUUAAAAAUCUCUAAAAAAUUAUAAAAAUAAAAAAAUCUUAAUAAUUAAAAAAAAAAAGAUACAAAAUAUAAUAUAAUAUAAGAAGUUUGUAAAAACAAAUUUUAAUGGAAUAUUUCUUUAAACAAAAAUAUUUAAGAUUGGAAUAUAAUUUGGUAUGAUUACUACAUAAACGAUGAUAAAUUAAGAAAAAUGCUUCCUUUUUAAAAAAUUAAUCAUUUCCCAGGAUCAUAUAAUUUAGGCAAGAAAAAUUAUUUAGGAAAACAUUUAUAAAAAAUGAAUAAAAUAUUUCCUUUAGAAUAUGAUUUUUUCCCUAAAACAUGGCUUUUACCGUUUUAAUAUGAAGAACUAAGAAUUUAUAUGGAAAAAAAUAAAACUAAAAAGCCUGUUAUAAUAGUGAAACCAGAAGCAAAUUGUUAAGGAAAAGGAAUAUAUUUAAUUUAAAGCAUAUAAAAAAUAAGAUAAGAAUAACAUGUAGUAGCAUAAUAAUAUAUAUAAAAUCCAUAUUUAAUUGAUGGUUUAAAAUUUGAUUUUAGAGUAUAUGCACUUGUAAAAAGUGUCUGUCCAUUGAAAAUAUUUUUAUAUAGAGAAGGUUUUGCAAGAUUUGCAACUGUAAAAUAUUAAAAACCUUAAAAAAAAAACAUAAAAAAUAUGUGGAUGCAUUUAACUAAUUAUGCUAUUAAUAAAUUAAAUCCAGAAUUUAUAUUCAAUAAGGAAGUUUUGAAAGAUGAUUUUGGACAUAAAAGAAGCUUUUCUUCUAUUUUAAAAUAUUUGAGUGAAAUAGGAGAGGAUAUAAAUAAAGUUCUCAUUUAAAUUAAAUAAAUUAUUAAUAAAACUAUGUGCAGUGUAUAACCUUAUUUAAGCCAUUUAUAUAAAAGUAGUUAACUUAAAGAAUAAAAUAAUUGUAUGUGCUUUGAAAUAUUCGGGUUUUAAUAAAUAACAAAAAUAAUUAUUUUAAUUAAUAUUUUUUUAAAGCUUUGA